UAACAGUUAAGUUGGUUUAUGUUCAGUUCAAACAAUUGAGUUUCAUCUUGAUUUCUUUUCAAGACAGAAUUCGUGAUUGCUUGACUUUUCUGGACUAUUUUUUUACUAAGUCAAUUAUUAAAAUGACAGCAUUUUAUAUCGCUCCUCUUGCCAUAGGCUCUGAUGAAGUUAAGGAUUUUAUUUGUUCGUCAUGCGAAGAGCAAGCAAAUGCAGAUUUUUACUGCAAAACAUGUUCGAAACUUUAUUGUAGGAAAUGUAUUCAGUUGCAUGAUAAGUGGUUUAAAAAACAUUCAACUUAUGGAAGAAAUGACAUGAAAGAAUGGCCACUUUCGAAACAGGUGGAGGAAUUUCUAUUAAAGUGUGAAGCGCACAAGGACGACAGAAUUGAAAUCUUAUGUGAUGACCACAGUCAGCUGUGCUGCACAAAGUGUGCCUUCAAAAAUCACAGCCAGUGCAGUAAAGUGACCCAGAUUUCGGAGCUGACCAACUCGCAUCCCACUGGCCUGGAGUGGCUGUCAGUGGAGCUGGAAACUGUCCUGGGGGAAAUUAAAACCCUGCAGAUCAGUCAGGAGGCCAGCAUUCAGUCAUUGCAGAGAACAUACAAUGAACAUAGGGAAGUUAUGAUAGAGCAAAUGUGUGGCAAUUUAAAUACUUAUAUAGAUGAAUGUGAUAAUAAUUCUGUGGGAACAUUAGGCGGAAAUGAGCAAUAUUUAAAAGAAGAGAUGUGUAGGAAUGUUGUUUUUAUCGUGAAUGAAUUCGAUAAUAUUACUGCGAAGGAACUUAACGAGAUGAAAGAUGAAGUCAUAAGCAUAAAAGGGUCAGUUACAAGUUCCAUUCAUAAAUGCACCAGUCUUCACAGUGACUUGUUACAAUUACUUGAAAUCGUUCAGAAAAUUGGAGAUAAUAAGGAGCUCUGCCUUAUAGCCAGCAUAAAAUGUAAACAUAUCAUACAGCAGGCAUUGACUCUGCUUGGAAAGUCAGGCAAGGUGUUUAAGGUCCAGGGGAAGUCUGAGCACAAUGUGAGAAUAACAAGUGAUUCAAACACAUGCCGGAUCAACGCUAUAUGUGCUCUCCCAGAUGGGCAGGUCCUGGUUGCAGACUACGAUAAUAAGAGACUCAAGCUUCUGAGCCAGCAGUGCCAGGUGGUGAGUCACUGGGAUGUGAAUGCUUGGCCACAGGCCAUAUGUUUGAUCACACCGAGUGAGGUUGCAGUGGCUGUAAAUACUAGCAACAUGUAUGAGGUCCAGUUUAUCACUGUCAACCAGGGAAAGCUUGUUCCUGUAAGGAAGUUUCAGUUACAACAUGAAUGUACAGGUAUAGCCCAUCACCAAGGAGACCUUUUUGUCACCUCUGGUCAAGAACUGUACAAACACUCACUGAGUGGCAAACAGCUCUGCAGACUCUAUGAAGAUAGGUCAUCUGAUUAUAAUGUAUACAAGUGUGCUGUGAGUCCCACAGGAGACAGGCUGUACAUCAUCAGCAACUACAGUCAGGACAAGCUUCUCACCCUGGCCAGGGAUGGCACACUCCUGGCUACAUACACAGACCCAGCACGAGUGGGCCCAAAUGGUCUACAUGUGACCCCUGCAGGCCAGGUGCUGGUCUGUGGAGUCUGGCCCAACACUGUACUACAGGUGGGCUGGGAGGGAGAGAGUAAGCUGGCUAAUCUUGCUACUUGGGGAGAUGGAGUGAGGUGGCCACAGUCAGUCUGCUACAGCAGCACCACAUCAUCCAUCAUUGUGGGACUGUAUGGGGACAACAUCCUGGUGUUCAGAGUGGAAUAGUGUGUACAUUUGCUGCUGGCAGUCGGGACAACGAUGCUGAGGAUGUGGGAGACAAACAUGACGCAGAAGGUGAGCACCAGCAUUGAUAUCCAGUUGGCCAAGCAACAGCACCAGUCCGGCCUGCAGGAGCCCCAAUACUAAAUGAUCCUUUGCCUUCCCUGAUCCCUAGCUCCUCCCACUGGACCUCCGGCCACAAAGGGUCAGCAUCAUAACACAAGUCUGUUCUGCAAUAAAUCCUCAGCACGUCAAGUUUUCACGCGCUGUUAUGAACAGCUGAAAUGUAUGUGUUGAGAUUUCCCCAAGCAAGCCCGAGUAGUUUUGUUUAGCUCUAGUGCCCGAGUGGGAUGAGGGUUACAGAAGCGAGACGUUAUAGCAGCACCUAUGGUAACGCUAACAGUUAACGCUAACAGUUAGUUCUCACUGUGGACAUCACGAAGAAUCUCACAAAGGAUUAAACGUUGAAUAGUUUGUUUAAUUCUUUAUAAGACAGCUAUAUAUUCAGCGAGGAACGGGAGCAAAUCAAGGAACAAUCGAAACUAUUCAUUCAGAAGUAUAUCUGCUGUAGAUAGUUAGGACAGUAGAAGGGUUACGGACUAUCCUCAGCGCACAAUAUAUUCAUGUGGUGUGCCUCAGACGCCAAUUCCCACAUGAUUGAAAACAAGUUGCUAAAAGUAAACACGUACGGUUUUGCACUCCGAGCCCAAAGGGCAUCGCAUUGAAUUGAGACUAAAGAAGGCUUAAAAACGUGACAACAGUUUUGUUGUAUGGUCCAGUACACCCUUCGACUCAUCCCGAAGUUAAUCAGAACUCAAACUCGGCCCUUAACAAUAUCCGCGAGGCCAGCAUAUCAGCUCAGCUUCUGAGCUUCAGGAGAGCACCAGCAUUGGUAUUGAGCUGGCCCAGCAACAGUACCAGUCCAGCAUGCAGGAGAUCCAGGCAAGGACGACCCCUGGCCACUAACUCCUCACUUUUGACCUGCAGCCUCAAAGGAUCAGCAUCGUUGAACAAUUCUGUUCUGCAGGAAAUUCUCAGCACGUCAAGUUUUCACGGGCUGUUCUCAACAACCGCAAUGUCCUGGUCAAGUUUUCCACACUCAAGCCUGAGUAGUUUUGUUAAAUAUAAGCAGUAGAAAUGGUAAAACUAACAGCCAGUGUGCUCGCUCUGGGACAUCACAAAGAAUAUCACAGAAUACAAAGUUGAAUAACUUGUUCCAUUCAUUAUGGGACCAACAGAAAUUUAGCAAGAAACAGGGCAAACAAUCAAGGAACAAUUGAAGCGAUUAAUUUAGAAGUGUAGGCUUUCCAAAGUAGAUACUUCUGCUGUUGAUAGUUAUGACAGUAAUAGCGUUACGGACGCCUCGGUUUGUCCUCUCAGGCGUGUAAACUGUCCAUAAAGAACACACUUCUGACGCUUUUGCUGACAAAGAAAGGCAGAAAUGACUUGGCUGUGAACACCCAGAGCACAAUACAUCCUUGGGGCAUGCCUCAGACGCAAAUUCCGCCAAAGAUUAUAAACAAGGCGCAAAAUGUGAACAUGUCUAGCUUUGUUACGAGCACUUCCCACUCUGAGCCCAUAGGCCUCGUAUUGAAUCGAGGCUAGAGAAGGCAUUGACAAAUGACAGCAGUUGUGUUGUGUGGUCCAGUAGGCCCUUCGACUCUCAACCCGACGUUAAUCAGAACUCAAACUCAGCCCUUAGCAAUAUCAGCUCAGCUCCUUCAGCCUCAGGACUUGAUGCAAUCCUUGAUUGGUACCCAGCUUAACAACAGGCUCUUUGGUCAGCUGGUCCCAGAAGCCCAGAGACACUUCCUGUGCAUCGGGGUUGUUGGCUCUUGGCGCAGGACCUCGGGGCAAAUGCUCAAUGAAUCCUUCCCGCACGGUGCAGCCAGUCUAAACCUGGGGUUUCAAACUUUCCUGCCUAAGGGCCUAGAUUAUCUCAUCCACAAGAGGCUUAUACUCACAAGUUCAGGCCCAGAGAGAAAUGUCCCCAACUACAACUUAACCCCUACAUCUCAAUAGGAGAGCACCAGCAUGGAUAUUGUGUUGGCCCAACAACAGCACCAGUCUGGCAUGCAUGAGCCCCAGUCCAGGACAACCCUUCCCCUACCCUGAUCCAUAUCUCCUCCCCCAAGACCUCCAGCCUCAAAUUCUGAACACAUCCAGUUUUCUUGCACUGUUCUCAUCAACCGCAAUGUCCACGUCAAGUUAUCCACUGUCGAGCCCGAGUAGUUUUGUUUAGCUUGAGUGUCUGAGUGGGAAGAGUGUUACAGACACAAGGAGUUAUAUCAGUAGUUAUGGUAAUGCUCAAUCAACAGUCAGUUCUUGCUGUUGGACAUCACUGUGAAUAUCACGACGAAUGAGAAGUUGAAUAACUUGUUCCAUUCGUUAUGGGACAAACACAAAUUCAGCGAGGAACGGGACAAAAAAAUCAAGGAACAAUUGAAGCGAUUAAUGCAGAAGUGUAGGCUUUCCAAAGUAGAUACUUCUGCUGUUGAUAGUUAGGACAGUAGUAGUGUUACGGACCGUCUUGGUUUGUCCUCUCAGGCGUCUAAACUGUCUAAAGGGAACAUAAAGCUUUUGACGCUGUUGCUGAUGAAGAAAGGCAGUAGUGACUUGGCUGUGAACACCAAGAGCACAAUACAUCAAUGGGGCAUGCCUCAGACGCAAAUUGCGCCCAAGAUUGUGAACAAGGUGCAAAAUGUUAACAUGUCUAGCUUUGUUACGAGCACUUAAUUGGCACUUGUAUUGAAUCGAGAAUAGAAAUGGCUUUGAAAAAUGACAGCAGUUUUGUAAUGUCGUACAGUACGCACUUCGACUCUCAACAGAGUUAGUCAGAACUCAAACUGGGGCCUUAGCAAUAUCAGCAAGUUGUAGAGACGCUCAAAGUGAAAGAAUUGUUCCAACAGAUAGAACAGGCCUUGAUUGACUCGUCCGUAAAUGUGACUGGCCUUAAUAUGUUGCUCUCGAAUAAUGUGAACCUCACCAGGAGAGCUGUCUGCAAUUGACGACAUUCAACAACAGUUGUUGUCAGGAAUUUCCGGGUUUGGGUUGGUGACAUAGGUGUCGAGACUCGCUUCAUCUCUGCAUAUGGCACGCUCGCAGCAACAGCAGCAGCAACAAGAACAGCAGUGGCUUCUGAGUCCGAGGAUGUGGUGGACAAGAAUGACCUGAAUAUGCAGAAGCAACUGCUCAGCACAGAAGACGACUGUCUGGUGAAAGGCUCAGCCGUAUCAAAGUUCAGUGAUGUUGGGGGACGUUGCUGUUCCAUGUCUUGGGAUCGCAUCAUGAAGGACAUUUUAGCUGACACUUACAAGGGAGAGAACUCUAGGUCUGCACCAGAAGAGAGCACCAGCAUUGAUAUCGAGUUUGCCCAGGAACAGCACCAGUCUGCCUGAAGAAUCCCCAGUCUAGGACGAUCCUUCCCCUCUGACCCCUAGCUCCUCCACCCUGACCUCUGGCCUCAAAGGGUCAUCAUAGUUGAACAAUUCCCUUCUGCAGGAAAUUCUGAGAAUAUAGAGUUUUCAAGCGCUGAACUCAACAACCGCAAUGUCUGUGUCGAGUUUUCAACACUCAAGACUGAGUAGUUUUAUUAAGCUCGAGUGCCAGAGUGGGACAGCCACAAGGAAUUAUAGAAGUAGUUAUGGUAACACUAACAGUCAGUUCUUGCCGUAUGACAUCACAACAAAUAUCACGAAGAAUAAAAAGUUGAUUAAUUUGUUCCAUUCUUUAUGGGACAAACAUAAAUUCAGGGAGGAUCGGGAGAAAAUCAAGGAAAUUGUUACAAUUGAAGCGAUUUAUUCACAUGAGUAAGCUUUCCAAGCAGAAUACUUUUGCUGUCUAUAGUUUGGACAGUAGUAGAUUUACAAACGCGCUUUUGAUGCUGUUGCUGACAAAGAAAGGCAGUAACUACUUCAUUGUGAACACCCAGAGCACGAUUCACCCAUGGGGUUUGCCUAAAAUGUGAAUUCCGCCCAAUAUUGUAAACAAGGUGCUAAAAGUAAAAACGUCCGGUUUUGUUACGAGCGCUUUGCCCUCCAAGCCCAAAGCACAUAGAAUCAACGCCAGAAAAGGCUUAGAAAAUGACAGCAGUUUCGUUGUGUGAUCCAGUAAGGACUCUGAACGACAUUAAUGAGACCUCAAACUUGACCAUAGCACUCACAGCGAGGCCAUCAUGUUAUCUCAGCUUCUUGAGCUUCAGCAAACAUUAUUAGCCAACAAGAUGAAAACAUCAUUGAAGUGAAAGUCAAAAACAAUCCUGACUACCUUCGGGCACAAAUACUACAACUUGCUGAAGAAAUUCAGCACAAAUAUGUCUUGCGUCAGCCUAGCACGCCUCCUAUUAACUCUUCCAACAGCGGAGCCUUGGUGAGUUUGACUUCCGUCCAAGGUUCGAUGUUGCUUAGCAACAAUUAGAUGCUUGGUAUCAACAAAUUGUUCCGUACGAGUCGCUCGAACGUAUACGAUCUGAUCCAACAGAUAGAGCAGGCGUUGCGAGACUGGUCUGUUAAUGUGACUGACCUCGAUAUAUUGCUUUCCAAUAAUGUGAACCUUAUGCCUGAAGAGCAGUAUGCGAUUGAAGCCAUUCAACAACAGUAGUCGGGAAUUCCUGAGUUUGGGGUGGUGACUUUGUCGUCAGGACUCUCUUUCUAUUGACUGGUCGCAGAGGCAGCAGCAACAAGAACAACAAGUAUUAUUUGAGCGAUGCUCUGUGAGUUAGUUCCUAGCAAUCAUAGAUCGGUACCCUGCUGAAAAACAGGAUCUCUGGUCAGCUGGGCCCAGAUGCCCAGCAAUACUUCCUAGCCCAGGACCUUGGGGCAAAUGCUCAACAUGUCCUAUCUGCAUGGUGAAGCCAGUCUAAACCUUGGGCUCCAAACUUUCCUGCUGUGGAGCUGAGAUUACCUCAACCAUAAGAGGCCUUAUACUCACAAGUUCAGGCCCAGAGAACGGUGUUCCCCAACUACAACACAACCAGUACGUCUCAUUAGAGGACACAAUUCCUGAAAACCUCGCUGAGUGCGACUGCGCCAUACGUGACCCUUCAGUGAAAUGAGAUUCCAGGCGGAAUGUCAAACCGGUACUACUCCGGUCUCCAGCAAUAGCCUCAGCCUCGGACGCAGGUUCAUGAUGCACCCAUGGCCUUACUUAUUUCUGAACAUCUCAAUCUCACAGCAAUUGAUGUGAAUUAAUGAUAAUAAGACUCCACAAACCAAGUUUUGGAGAGGGUAUAUUGGAGUCAAUUUUCUGUCAAGGUUCACCCCGUGUUCAGUGUCAAGCGAUGAAAUCAUCCACCUUUACAUGUAGUUGGUUGAGGGUCUCCCAAAACCACCUAGUGCCUUGCGAUGAAAACCUCCAACAGGACUUUGACCUUGCCCUUGUACACACCUAAUGGUCAGGUUGACGAUCACUUGGGCUUAGAUAGUCACUGUAGUAAGAAUGUGUAAGAUUUUAAAGAAGAUGACUUCACAAUAGGACAUCCGAGACUGCAAUGACGAAAUGAGUGUCCUCACUUCAGCAGUGGAGGCCAAUACACAAUUCGAGAGUUUCCAGCGGCUUACCUUAUCUGAAACCUGGGUAGCAGAGCAAUGAGUAUGUCCCAGGAGCAUUUGCAGUCAUCGUCUGCAAAUUAUAAGAUCCCCAUGCUCCACAACCCUCAUUCUAUGAACAUCAUGCAGAGCGAACCUUGGACGUCCCUUGACGAAAUCAAACCAGCAAAUAGGAAGGACAGCCUGUUGCUACCGUUGUUAUCAUAUUAACCCCAUACCGAAGAAGCUCAGAGAUAUAAAUACUGUUUUAUAUGUGCUAGUCUCAACAUACCCCGUGUCUGGUGUGAACAUGUACAAUUGAAGGUCUCUACAUACCCCAUGUCUGAUGUGAACAUGUACAAUUGAAGGUCUCUACAUACCCCAUGUCUGGUGUGAACAUGUACAAUUGAAGGUCUCUACAUACCCCAUGUCUGGUGUGAACAUGUACAAUUGAAGGUCUCUACAUACUCCAUGUCUGGUGUGAACAUGUACAAUUGAAGGUCUCUACAUACUCCAUGUCUGGUGUGAACAUGUCUCAUCUUUGAAAUUGGAAAAUUAGUGACUUGAUUCAGACAGAAAUCGCAUAAUGACAAAUCACAACAAAAAAUGGAAAGCCAGAAAGUCUUGUGGCCAGCAAUGUUUUUAUGUGACCAUCCAAGUUGUGUUCAAAGAAAAACAAUAGUUCAUGUUUUAUUGGAACUAUGAUGCUGUCAGUCAUUUUAUGUUGAAGGCUUUAAAUAACUAUAUUUAAAUAUAAUAAGAUUAAGAUUACUUGAUCAAAGAAAUAAUGUAAAAUAAUAUUUUAAGCGCAAAAUUUACAAGUCUAUCCAAUUACUGUGUCUGUAUUAUGACAUUUUAUUUUGGAAAUGUUAAGGAAAAUAUAAUGUAAGUAAAUAUAUGUCUAUGAAUGUUGAUUUUAACAUUUGUCAAAGCUGUUUAAAUGAUGCUGGUAACUUUGACAAAAUUUAAAGAAAUGUAUUAUUUUCAUGUAAUGAGACAUGCUUCAGUUUUUGUGUGGCUUAACCUGUAAUAUAGAGGUGGUAGUUACAAGAAUUGUUUAGCCAGAUGGAGAACGUUUAUGCUAUGGCUUUGAUACUCUUAAGUGUGCCCAUUGGUGUCAGGUUUUUAUCAAGAAUAUUGUUUAUUGUCUUACUAUUUCUUGAAAAUAUUGAUUAAUUUUAGACAAAAUCAUUUUAUCUUCCUUAAAUUGUCUAUUCUGUAGUAACGACCAGUUAUUUAUUAAUUUGCAUAAAUAUGAUUUAAGAAUGACCUUUGUGUUGCUUAAAAAGCUUUAUUUGUUUUGAAACUUAGUACUUAAAAACGAAAAUAUGAGGUGUAGGAAUAAUGGCCAAAGUUAUGAUAAUUAUUUUUUUGUUUUUGUAAAGUUUAUUAUGCUUUAUAUGUUUGUGUAUAGGCAUUUAGAGGAACAGAUUAACUUGACCAAUAAUUCGUGAUCAGUGAUACAUUUGUCACUUAUAUAUAGAGCGAUUGCAAAAUGAUUGUAUUUGCAAUGUAAAUCAUGCGUUUAUUGUUGCCAUUUUGAUUUUCGCUGUUAACAUUUAUUUGUACUAACAAUUUUCAUCAUGUAUAUCUUUAAGGUGACAGAUAUUUAAAAAAAAAACAUUGCUUGUGGGAAUGCUCAUUUAAAACUUUCUUAAUGAUACAGAACAACAAAUUCUGAAGAGGCAAAUAUCAUUUAGACAAUAGGAACAUCUUGUUACUAGUAUAUGUAAUGCCUUUCACUAAAUAAAGUCAAGCAACUAUUGAAAGAUUGGUUAAACUUUAUUUUGCAUUAUUUUAAGAAAAAUUCAUAUAUUCAACUUGGAAAUCAGUCAAUUGCAAAUCAAGCGAGAGUGAUGAAUAUUUGUACGCAAGAUAAAGGGAUGUUUUUGCUUGAAAAAAAAGUUGUAUCCCUUGUUAGAUAAUGAUUUUGUUCAUCUCUCAACAUAACAAGUGCAUUCAUACAGCUUUUAAAAAAAUAUGACACACUUAAUACUCAGCCAUCAGUUUGUAUUGGGGUUUUGUGGAAUACUUACUAAACUAAUAUACGUCUGUUCAAUGAAUUAAUAGUUAUGGUACAAUAUGAUACUCAUUGUUACAAAACAUGUCUAAUAAAAAUAUAAUGGCAUUUAUUUGAAAUCAUAAAAUUUAGUUUUCCAUACAAUGCUUACAGUUUUGCAAUUGCGACGAUGAGGGAAAUGUUCUGCUCAAAAUGUCUGUUAAAGACAUGUGUAUAUUGUAGCAAUUAUAUUGUACUUGUAUUUAUAUUAUACAUGAUAAUAAUUGACUUAUGGCUGAUGAUAGCGGCAGUUAACUAGUCGUGUAACAGUUUGUUUCACUCGAUCAUCAGACCAUAUUUCCUUAAACAUGUGAUUGUUUAUAAUGAACUGUAAUUGAAUGCAUGAAACAUAGUUGUUCUGUUGCUUAACAGCUGAAAAUAGCUUGAUGUUUGUUGAUUGUGUGAAAUGUAUCAAAUAAAUCAUAUUGAUUACAUAAAAAAUAAAAUAUCAUUUUGCGUUACUUUGAAUGCAUAACAAACAAUUGUUACCAUACAAUCAUAUUAGUAUUGAACUUAAUUAAUACUUUAAGAUGCAAUUUUUACAAUAAUGUGUUAAUAUUGUCAUCCAUUCCAAAUAAGCAUUGUGCAUUCGUAAAUAUAGGGUGUAUAUACACUGCUUAGAUGCCUUUUUUAAAUUGCUUGUGUACGUCAUAUUGAUUAAAGACUCUUAUGUAUUGCAUAUUUGUGUGUGCCUAUGUCUUACUUAUCUCUUCAUAGUCCUUAAAUUACUGCAAAUAGUAUUUUAAUAAUGUUACGAUAUUUAUCUAAACUAUAACCAGGUUAUCUGUUAAUUUAAGUUUCAUACAUAAUAUUGUCUAGCUAAUUAAAUUGAAGUGUCUAUAUUCUCGCCAACAUGCAUUGUCGGUGUAUGGUUUAGACAAAGCACAUUACACAACUCAUGUUGUUUUUCUCCAUCAUUAAUAACCAAUGUUUAUUCCGUAGAGGUCGCAUUAUACUAAUAUUUCAUUUGUGCAAUGCUUUGCUCUCUUAAUAAAUCAGCACUAUUUAUUGAUUUUUAUAUGGGCACGGGCACUGCCCAUGACUUUAUUCGUGAAUAUUUCUUUGAAUGUGCGGUAGGGAAAACAUUGUUUGCUUGAAGGUUAGAAACUUAAUGUUGACAUCUUGAAAGAUGGCAGUUAACAUUUAACUGCAGAGUAGCUGGGAAAAAGAUUGCUGUUAAACAAUGUAAGACAGAACUCCACGCAAGAUAUGUCAUGCAUGCGAUAUGCAUGAACUAUCUCAAAAUAAUUUGGAUCUGAAUUAUCUUUAAGAAAUGGUAUGGUUAUGAGGGUCUCUAUGUGCAAAAUGUUGCAUUUAUUUAGUGUACAAGUUAUUGCUUAAUCAUUGAAUUUGUUAUGGAAAUAAUAUAGUUUAUGUGACUUAAAGAGAUAUACAUGUUUAUGUAAGUGAUGUGUUUUUGCUGAUCCAAGUCUGUUCCUACACACUAUUUAAAGUAGAUAACUACAAGUUAUCUCAUUUAAAUGGGAAAAGUAUUGUACUGUGAAAAAGUGUUGUGAGUUCAAAUAAAAAUACUAUGAACCGU